UGCUUAAUUGGUUCAUUUGAACCGAAAUGAAAGUUUUAACUAUUGAAUAGCUUGCAGUAAGAAAUUGAAUAAAAAAUAGCUUAUGUGGAUUAAACUUGUUAAAAACAUUCAACAUUGGUUGAAUCGACGGGGAUAAAACUAAAGCCAUUAAUUAUUUGGACAAAUCAGUUGUAGUUAUUAUUUUCUACAUCCAAAUUAUGGAAAAUUUUCAUGUUUACCAUUUUGUUGGUAUCAUUAUUCAUGUUUACCGGCAUUUAACAGAUUUGUUCAAAAAUACAUUAUUUAUUUAUUUUAUUUUAUUUACUUAAAUAAUUAUUUAUUAAAUAUAUAAAAAACAAGAGUAUAAAAAUCUUUUGUUACUUAAUAAAAAAAUAUUUUUGAAAAUGCCUAUUUAAUAGUAAUAGUACCAAAAAGUGAUAAACAUGAAAAUUCUCCAAAAAAUAUAUACAGUUUUUAGCAAAUAUGAUUUAAGUCGUUUUUAUAGUGUAAAAACGUAUCUUCAACGACUUAGUUUUGUUCUGUUAAUUCCAAUUUUUUUUUAAUUAGAAAAAACUUUUUUGUAUUAGUUAAAAUUUAUUAUGAAAUAAUUUCUUUUUAAAUAAUUUAUCAUCAAGUUAGCCAUAUGAUAGAGGAUAUUAAACCAAAUACUAUACUUCAAUUUCAUCACGGUACACUCAUUUCAUUUUUAAAAUUUACAAUAAUUAUGUUUAAUAAUAUUCAACAUUCUACGGUACCUCACCGUCUUAACCAACUAUAACACAAGUACUGGAAGUGGACUUAGAACUCUUCUUCUUAUAUAUUCUCAUAAUAUAAAGUUUAAAGGAGUACAAGAUAUUAAUUUGGUCAAGUGGUCAUAGCCUUUAGUGUUAGAUUGACUAGGUGUGAGUUCGAAGUCCACUGGAAACAAAUUUUUUCUUCUUGUUUCGAUGAUGAUUUCACGUUAUCAGGUUAAUUGCUGGGACAACUGGCUAUAUUUAAUUGACUUAAAAGUUGAAAAAUCCCUUCAAGUGAUUAUAAGAGGCGUCCACACAUGGGAGCUGUUUUUGUAGUGUUUGGACUUUCAAAAUCUUCAUUAUUGUUUGAGGCUCUUUUUGUUAACAGUUGGACGGAGCUUUUCGUAAUGGAUUUGUAGAUGUAACAUAGAUGUGUUAUGUGUAUUUAACAACCUGAACAAGUUCGGUAAACACUUUACACACAAUUUGGAUCCAAAGACCUCUUUGGGUUCUUCAAACAUUGACAAAAUCAUGGUACGUAGCCAAAUAGCAACAUUGUGAUAGUGAAAACUCAGAGUCAUACUUUCGAACGCACAUUCCCAACCCUUUUGCUUCAACAUCUGAAUUCCUCUAUGAAUUACAACCUCACUGUCAAAGUGUCAAUAUAAUAUUUUUACAAGGUCAAUCAUAUCAUUUGUUGGAGGCACGACUAGUUAUUUUCAUUCACUAUAUUGUCACUAGGGACUAAAGUUGGAACAGAUCCACAAAUGCAGAUAAAUCAAACGUUGAACUUUUCUUUUGUGUUGUGGGUUCUUGACAAGUUGUGUAUCAGAGAAUGUUAAGUUGUAUUUCAUGGACCAUAAGGUCUAGUAUUUAUAUAUUGGUAUACCUAGUAGGGCAAGGAUAUAUUCGUUUUUCAAAUUUAUCUACUUAGGAAGUAUAACAUAUUCCAAUAUACCCUUCCUCAAGUUGGAGCAUAUAAGUUAGUUAUGCCCAACUUGAAAAUGAAAUUGUCAAACUCCUUGGGGCCCAAUGCUUUCUAUAAAUAUCACUAGUUGUGCUCAAGUCAACGUCCGCUUCCUCUAUAUAUAGUUUAUAGAUUUGGUUUGAAUCUGUAUCUCAAAGGGUUUCACUAAACUUUUCUCUUGUCUUGUGGGUUGUGCUCAAGAUUUGAUCCAACUACUGAAAGUUUCCUUGUUUAGUAUUUUUUUCUUUUUCUUUAUUUUUUGUUUAAACCGAAACUAAUGUCCAUGGAAGGGUCAAGUACCGGCUCUGUGAGAGGGGAACUGUUACACGGUAACUUAGACAUUUGUGUUAAGGAGGCUAAAAAUCUUCCUAACAUGGAUCGGCUCGGGAAGUUUACGAGGAACAACAAUACAAGUGAUCCGUUCGUGACUGUCUUUAUCGCAGGUGCAAAGAUUGGCACAACUUUUGUUAUCAACAACAAUGAGAAUCCGGUGUGGAUGCAGCAUUUCUAUGUACCGGUGGCUCACCAUGCCGAGGUGGUUAAGUUUGUGUUGGAAGACAGUGACCAACUUGGAGCCAAGUUCAUAGGAGAUGUUGGAAUCCCAACCGAGGAGUUGUGUUCAGGGAAUAGGAUCGAAGGGCUGUUUCCGAUACUUAACAGUAGUGGGAAGCCAUGUAAAAAGGGUGCUGUGUUGAGUUUGUCUAUUCAAUACUCUCCAGUUGAAAUGAUGAAAGUUUACCAAAUGGGUGUUGGUAAUGAGUGCGAAGGAGUUCCCGGUACAUACUUCCCUUUGAGGAAAGGCGGUAGAGUUACUCUAUAUCAAGAUGCUCAUGUUGAAGACGGGACACUUCCGAGUGUAGAUCUCGAUGGUGGGAUGAAGUAUAUACAUGGAAAGUGCUGGGAAGAUAUGGAUUAUGCGAUUAGAAAGGCAAAGAACUUGAUUUAUAUCACAGGUUGGUCAGUUUACCAUCCGGUUAGGCUGGUUCGUCGCAAUAAUGAUCCAACCGAUGGUACAUUAGGGGAUUUGCUUAAAAAAAGAUCUAAAGAAGGUGUUAGAGUGUUGCUAUUGGUGUGGGAUGAUCCAACUUCAAGGAGCUUUCCAAAGUACAGAAAACAAGGAGUUAUGAACACAAGCGAUGAGGAGACUCGUCAUUUUUUCAAGAACUCGUCGGUGCAAGUGAUUAUUUGUCCUAGAUCAGAUGCUGAAGGUCUCCACGGCUUAGUAAAAAAAAGUGAAGUUGAAACUUACUACACACAUCAUCAAAAAACUGUGAUUGUAGAUGCUGAUGCUGGUCAGGGCCGACGAAAGAUCGUAGGAUUUGUUGGAGGGCUAGACGUGUGCAACGGACGUUUUGAUACUCCUAACCAUCCUCUCUUUACGACAUUGAAGACACUCCAUAAAGAUGACGUCCAUAACCCAAAUUUUGUGCCUAAUGCUGAAGAUGGACCAAGACAACCGUGGCAUGAUCUACACAGCAAAAUUGAUGGUCCAGGUGCAUAUGACCUGCUUACUAAUUUUGAACAACGCUGGGAAAAAGCUGUAAAAAAACAACACAAAAUUUGGAAACAUCGGUCGUGUUCUGAUGAUGCUUUGCUUAAGAUUAACAUGAUACCUGAAAUCAUGGGACUAUCAGAAGCUUCUUCUACUAAUGAUAGUGAUCCAGAGUCUUGGCAUGUUCAGGUUUUCCGUUCAAUUGAUUCAACCUCAGUAAAAGGAUUUCCAAAGGACCCAAAGGAGGGUACUGGAAGAAAUCUUCGAUGUGGGAAGAAUAUACUCGUAGACAUGAGCAUACACACGGCUUAUGUUAAGGCCAUAAGAUCUGCUCAGCAUUUCAUUUACAUUGAAAACCAAUAUUUUUUUGGAUCAUCAUUCAACUGGUGUUCACAUAAGGACCUCGGUGCUAAUAAUCUAAUCCCAAUGGAAAUCGCGCUUAAGAUUGCUAGUAAGAUUAGAGCUAGGGAGAAGUUUGCUGCUUAUAUCGUCAUUCCAAUGUGGCCAGAAGGUGAUCCAACAGGUAUGUUUAUGCAGGGCAUUCUAUAUUGGCAGUAUAAAACCAUGCAAAUGAUGUAUCAAACUAUAUAUAAGGCACUUGUGGAAGCUGAACUUGAUGGUCAGUAUGAGCCACAAGACUAUUUGAACUUCUUCUGUCUUGGAACCCGAGAGGCUUCUGAUGAAACAGUUAGCAAAUAUAGUUCUCGGAAUCAACCUAAGAAAAUUGCAAAGCCAAAUGCCGCACAGGUGCAAGCUUUGAAGAGUCGAAGAUUCAUGAUAUAUGUGCAUUCCAAAGGUAUGGUAGUGGACGAUGAGUUUGUCUUAAUUGGUUCUGCGAAUAUCAACAAAAGAUCCUUGGAAGGAACUAGAGACACUGAAAUCGCCAUGGGAGGGUAUCAACUACACCAUUCAUGGGCUAAGAAAGGCUCUCGUCCUCGUGGUCAGAUCUAUGGAUACAGAAUGUCGCUGUGGGCAGAGCAUCUAGGCUUUCUGGAGCAGGGUUUCGAGGAGCCAGAGAACAUGGAAUGCGUGAGACGAGUUAGGCAUUUGAGUGAGCUCAACUGGAGACAGUAUGCAGCAGAGGAAGUCACAGUGAUGACAAGUCAUCUUCUAAAGUAUCCAGUUCAAGUCGAUAGAACAGGCAAAGUAAGUUCUCUUCCUGGAUGCAAGACAUUCCCCGAUGUCGGUGGCAAGAUCAUAGGGCAUGUUUUAUGGGCUGGAACGAAACCUCGUCAUCUGGAAGUUACCUUGUAGUGCCAACAUCUGUUCUAUAUUUCUCCCUUUUCAAGAAACCUCUUGAGUGUGAUCUGAAUAAAAGUGUACUUAAAGAGUCGAAUUGUGGUUUCUAAAUCUGUGAGCUGUAAAUUGUAUUCAUUGCAAUGUUAAUAGGUGUUUUGUCCAUACAUGCAUGCCUAAUAAUUUUACAAAACUUAUAAAUAGAUAUAUUAUCAAUUCAAAAACCAUUAGAGUAAAUUGUUUUCAUAUUUUUGAAAUAUUUAGUAACUAGAUGAUAACAUGCGUGCAUGCGCGGGGUGACUUUUUAAUACUAAUGUUUAUUUAAUAAAUAGUUUUAACAUAUUUGCAACACUAUCUAGCUAUUAUAUUGUAAGAAUAAGAUAAUUGAACUAUUUAUUACAAGUUUUCUGGUUUAUCAUUCAUUAAAUCAAACAAUUCUUACUUUAUACGUAGUUUACAUAUACUAGAAUGAUAAAUUAUUAUAUAUAUUAUUUUUAUCAAUAUACUCUUAAGUAACUAAACCUCAAAAUCGUAGGUUCAUAAAAUAAGUAAUUUUUUUUUGUUAUUCUAGAAUUAUAUGAUUAUUAGACCGAACUAGUGAUAUACUAAACAUAAAUUUAUAUUUCCAGUCUUCACUUAUAUUCUAUAACAGUUUGAUAUAUUAGAUUUAAACACUAACAUGUGAAUAGAUUUGCCGAUGAUUUUCUUCAAAAAUUUGAUUCUUAGAUAUGUAUCUUGAAUGAAACUAAUUUUUACAAAUGUCCAUCUUUUUAAAUUGACACUUAUGUAAUUCACCAAAUUUACAUAAUAAGUUAAAAAAAAAAACAAAACUCAUAUCAAUGAAACAAAAACGAGAACCAAAGAACAAUUUUAUAGAAGUAGAAAAUGAAAUCACUUAUGGAGAGUCAAUAAUAAACAAAUCGAGAGCCGAAAACCUAAUCCUCUUUCGUCAUUUUACAAUCGAUAUUGCCUAUUUCGUUCUUGUGAUUUGUGUCAGCCACAAAACUUAAUUUUCUUUUGUGCAUAUGAAGUCUUACAAAUAAUUAACAUGAGCUGUAAUAGAAACAAAUAUUAGACAAAUGAUCAAAUCUCUCAUUAUUCGAACAAACUCAAAAGGAGGUGAUUGAAAUUUUGUCAUGAUAUUUCAUUAAAAGCCUUUUAGGAAUAAAAAUCAAGACUAAAAUAUUUAAUCUGAAUGAAAUAAUAUAUACUAGUAUUAACCCCAUGCUUCGCAUGUGAAUAUUCGUACUUUUAAAUAAAAACAAACUUCAGUUUCAUAUAUAGAACUAAAAUAGCAUGUAUAGUUAACUUUAAACUGUAACUGUUAAAUUGAUUUGAAAUUAAUGGAACUAAAAUAAAUGGAAUGAUAGGAAUAUAAUACAACAAAAAAUGGAAUGGAAUACAUUUUAU